GUCAGAAUUGCUAUUCUAGACAGCGGCAUCGAGCUCUCCCAGGACCAAAAGGACAUGUACGAUGCGAAUCCCAGAUUCGAAUAUCGCAGCUGGGUAGGAGAAGAUGCAGAAUGGAAAGACGACGUCGGACAUGGCACGCAUCUCGCUGUUCUCCUGCGCAAGAUUUCGCCAAAUGCUGUGAUCCACGUUGCGCGAGUGUUCAAGAAGAAGCCUCACAUUGAGAAGUCGGCACAGAAUAUUGCCGAGGCUAUCCGGUACGCUGUAGACGAAUGGAAAGUGGACAUUAUUGUCAUGUCCUUCGGAUUCGGCAGUAAGAACGAGGUGGUGUACGAUGCCAUCAAAUAUGCCGCUUUCAACGACGUCCUCAUGUUUGCCGCAGCUUCCAACGACGGCAAAAACCGCCCUGACGGAGUCGCUUGGCCAGCCAUUGAGUCGCACGUCAUUUGCAUUCAUUCGGGCGACGGUUACGGCAAUCAAUCCUCAUUCACUCCCAGCCCGAAGGAGAAUAUGAGAAUCAUGGUUCUCGGGGAAUGCGUCAGGUCGGCGUGGCCGCCAAACUUGAACCUCGUCGGUGAUAAUAAAGAUAUGAGUGGUACGUCAUGUGCAGCACCGAUUGCUGCUGGGGUUGCUGCAGUCAUUCUGGACUAUGCAAGA